AUGGUGGAGCUCGAAGGGUGGCUACCGGCGCUACUGGCCGCGGUCGCGACGCUCGCUGUUGCGCAACUGUUGCUUCGCCGCUCCUCCUUCUCCUCAACCCUCCCCACCUACGGCCCGUUCUUCCUCCCUCCUUUCGUCCGUGGGCUGCUAGCGGUGUACAGCCUCGGCGCAGACGAGGAUGCGUUUCUUCAGGGCCUCAAGCGGGACUACGGGGCAGCUGUCUACAUCCCUUGGCCGAUGAAGACGACGUUCGUGCUGUCCAUCGAGGGCAUUCGAAGCGUAUACGCAGCCCCGAGGCGAAUUCUGAACUUUUACCCGAUUCGCCGGGAGAUGCAGCAUACGGUAUUCGGUGCCGCCCCCUACUGGAAGGACGAGUACAUCAUGGACGGCCACCUGUUCCCCAUCCACGCGCGCGGCAUGUCCAAGGCAAACUUGGCCGAGUCUCUCAUUCGGAUCGUCGAUAUUCUUCGAGUCUGUCUCGACGAGCUCGCUUCCAAAGUCGACAAGGCGCCGCAGGGCGAAGUCACGGUCGACUUGAUCAAGUGGACGGUCGAGACCUUCUACGACGCCACGCUUGCCGGUUUCUUCGGCAAGGAGUUCCUUCGGCAAGACCACGUCAACAAGCAGGAGCUGUACGACGCCUUCAACGCCUUCGACAAAUCCUUCCCAAUCGUUGCGAGCGGUAUGGUGCCGCCCGCCUUGCUCGAGAAGAUUCCCGACGUCAAGAAAGGUCGCGAAGGUUUCGAGGUGCUUACCUCGACGUUCCAGAGAUGGAUCCGUGACGGCUUCCAUGGACUCGAUGCGGGCAUCGUGCGCGAUAUGGCAGAGUUCGCCACGGAUCACAACCUUGGCGAGCGAGAAGCAGCAAAGAUCAUGGUUGCCGACAUGUGGGCGAGCAUGGCCAACGCACCCUUCAUGGGCGUCCAGCUCCUUCUCUUCCUUCUCCAAGCGCCAAGCGACAUCAGGCGCGACCUCCUCGACGAGAUCGACUCUUCCCUGCAAGCCCCAACAACCGAACAGUCUACCUUUUCCCAUCUCGGCCAAUCGUUCCCUCUCCUCACCUCUUGCAUCACCGAGACGCUCCGAGUCGGCACCUCGAUCUUCAGUGCCCGCAUCGUCGAGGAAGACUUCGUUAUCCCGGCGCAUGGCAAGUACGGCCAGACGGUCGUGCCCGCUGGCACUCGCGUCCUGAGCGCGCCGCGACCGCACCAUCUUGAUGACUCGUUCUGGAACGGGACUGCGAAGGCAUGGAAUGGGCGACGCUUCCUUGGCGGGAGCGCGAACUUGGCACGAAGCGUGUACGGCUUUGGCGGCGGCGUUUCGCGGUGCGAAGGCGAGCAUAUCGCUGGUGCCGAACUGAAGGCGUUCAUCUCGCUCCUCUUUUCGACUUUCGAGGUUGAGCUCGUCACGCCUUCGAAUGACGGCGACUCGGUCCGCCGCGUCGAAGUAGUGGGCAAUGAAGCGCCGGCGCUUCUACCAAGGCGGGCGGAUGGGCGAGUUGGCAUGGGCGCCUUCCAGCCGGCUGAGGGCGCAAGAUUCGACAUGCGGGUGAGGCGCAGGCAGCCUCUGUCGUCGUGA